GAAUGUAGAUCGGUGCAUGUGGCGGAAGCUGAAGAAGCUAGCCGAGGGGAUUAAACUGUAACGUUUAUGUUCACAUUCUCCGACCCAUCAUUCAAACGGGAUGAGGUCCAUCCAACAUAUUCGCUGUUGUAAAUGUUCCUCGGCACGACGCGCAGCGAAGGAGAGCGAUGUCCCCGCCAGUAGCUAAAUCCCUGGAUAAGGUAAACCUCCAGGCAAAAAUCAAGGUGUGACAACAACAGACAGUGUGAAGCGGUUCCGCUGCAGGCCAGUGUGCGUGGUCAUUUGUCUGUGUGAGUGUGUUUAUGGUUGUGUAUGUUUAUGAGUGGCACAGCAGCUGGGGGUUGUAACGUGAUGCCAAGAUGCUGCUGUCCCUGGGAAUGCUAAUGCUGUCGGCCACACAGAUCUACACCAUCUUCACCGUUCAGCUCUUCGCCUUCCUCAACCUGCUGCCCGUGGAGGCCGACAUCGCUGCUUACUCAUUUGACAACAAAACAGAUAACUUCGAGGAUCUGCCUGCACGGUUUGGCUAUCGGCUACCCAGCGAUGGACUGAAGGGCUUCCUGAUUGGGGCACGGCCAGAAAAUGCGUGCGAGCCCAUCGAGCCCCCCCCAAGGGACAACAUGACGGGCGCCUUCAUCGUCCUCAUCAAGCGCUUCGACUGCAACUUUGACAUCAAGGUCCUCAAUGCUCAGAAAGCCGGAUACAAGGCCGCCAUUGUUCACAAUGUGGUCUCUGAUGACUUAAUCAGCAUGGGAUCUAAUGAUCUCGAUAUUAUGAAGCAGAUAGGUAUUCCCUCGGUGUUUGUGAGCGAACAAACCGCCAACUCUCUGAAAGAAGACUUCACGUACGACAAAGGGGGCCACGUGGUCCUCAUGCCAGACUUCAGCCUGCCGCUGGAAUACUACCUGAUCCCCUUCCUCAUCAUCGUGGGAAUCUGCCUCAUCCUCAUCGUUGUUUUCAUGAUCACCAAGUUUGUCCAGGACCGACACAGGGCUCGGAGGAGCCGCCUGCGUAAAGAUCAGCUCAAGAAACUUCCCAUCCACAAGUACAAGAAAGGGGACAACUAUGAUGUGUGCGCCAUCUGCCUGGACGAUUAUGAAGAAGGGGACAAACUCCGAGUCCUGCCAUGUUCUCACGCGUACCACAGUAAGUGUGUGGACCCCUGGCUGACCAAAACCAAGAAGACGUGUCCGGUGUGCAAGCAGAAGGUGGUCCCCUCGCAGGGCGACUCGGACUCGGACUCCGAGGAGGGCGAGAGCGGCCCCGACGAGAACGAGGAGGUGUCGGAGAGCACCCCCCUGCUGCGCUCCCUGGCCUCCACCAGCGCCCACUCCUUCGGCACCAUGUCGGGGGCGUCGCGCUCGGAGCCCGACCAGGAGUCCUCCGACUACGAGGACGACGAGCUGGACAGCAGCGACAGCGAGGAGGAGGUGACGGUGGAGACCGUGGUGGUGCAGAUGCAGCAGCCGUGCUCCGAAGGCCUCGAGCACGUCCCGCCCCGGGCUUGAUCCGGCCGACCCGAUUGGUCACCGAAUCCCCCCCCUCCCCUCCCAAACCUCUCCGCCUGCAGAGACUUUUGUUGGGGGGUCACGAAACAGUUUCGUCUUUUCUGUCACUGCUUACAAGACAUUGUAAUUUAUCUCCGCCCUAUAAGUUCAGUUACAAAUAUUAAAUUGUUUUUUUUACAUGAUUUCGGAUAAAGGGCUGAUUGUGACAGCGAGUCAGUGAGCAUGCCGUAGAUCUGACAGACACUGAUGUACAGUAGACUUUUAUACUGUACUUACUCAUAUAAAAGAUUUGCACAAAUGAGCGGGAAAGUCCCAGACACACAAGAUCACGCUUCUUCAUUUAUAAAGUGUAUAUAAAAAGUAUAAAUCACAAUAAGUUACAGCUUUGAUUAUCUCCUAACCCACAUGUUUCACACGACGGGGAAAGUUUCAUUGUUGUACAUGUUCCUGCUACACCGACACUCUUUGAACGCGCUAUGCAGCAUCCUUUUUGUAAAACAAUUAAACAUUCAGCAAGUGUAGAAAGAUUUAAAGCCACAGCAAUAUGGUUUUUUUGCCAAUUUAUUUCUAGCGUCGUGUGUGAAGGAGCCUGCACUUUGUGCCACGGUUUAUCUGUUGCAGUGAAGAAUGUGCUCUCCUUGUGACGUCACAUUCUGUUUAAGAUGUGGAGAGACACGAGUGGAAAGUAUGUCCACGCUGCCUGUGGCGAACUUCAGACCGAUCACUCCAUUUAACACGAGCGGUUAUUUGUGGAUAGGCCUUGUAAUACACAUUUAACUGACCAUCUCCCAUUUUAAUGCAGUUUAUAGUAUAAUCUUUGUCAUGUGGCUUGAUCGGUUGUUUUUGUUCAUGAAACCUGUUGCCUUUUUCAGUUGAUGUAUUUUGUCUCGUCAGUGUUUUCCUGCUCAUGUACGUCUGUUCAAUACAAAUUUACUUCAAUAAAAGGAAAAUGACACUCGACAAGGAAA